AUGGCCGCCCCAGGGACCUCCUACACCGGCGACGCGACCUACACCGACUUCAGCAUCGGCCUGGGCUCAUGCGGCACAUUGAACCAAAACUCCGAGAACGUCGUGGCCAUCUCCCACCUCAUCUUCGACAGCUUCGGCACCGCCAACCCGAACAACAACCCGACCUGCAACAAGAUGAUCAACAUCAAGGGCCUCGAUGGCCAGACCUACCAGGCCAAGGUCACCGACCGUUGCCCCGUGUGCGCCGUCGGCUCGAUCGAUCUCCCGCAACAAUUGUUCAACAAGGUCACCAGCAACGGCGACGGUCGCGUGCACGGCAUCGAAUGGUCUUGGGCUUAG